AACAUUGCAUUUAGAAUAAAAGAACUUGUGGAUUGAACUUCAAGUUUUGUUUGCUGAAUCUGAAUAAACCAUGUCACGCAGUGCACGUCCCCUCACGUCCGCCCGUGUGCUACACAAGAUAAAGGAGCUGACGAAGCCGGCAAGUGACGUCAACUGUGUAAUCAACCGCAAUCCUCGGAAUCUGGAGCGAUUACGCAUUGCAUAUAAACCCAGCGGUUAUCACUUGGAAAAGCCGGGACGUUCCUACUGGCAUACGCUGGAAAUCAACACCAGCGGUCGCUAUGUUAGCGCCGAUGUCAAGCACUUUGAAAACGGCACGAUUUUAAGUGCCAGCACCUCGGAAUGGGCCAUCAAACAGCAAUUGUACAAAACCAACGACACUGCGGCAUUUGUAAACUUGGGACACGUGCUGGCGCAACGUUGCCUCCGUGCUGGCAUUACGGAAAUGACCUGCAACGUGGAAACAAUCGCGGGCAGCAAAUUGGAGAAGUUGUUGUUGGCUGUGCAGGCGAACGGCGUCAGUUUCAAGGAGCCAAGCAGACUGACGAAUGCCCAGCCCUGGGAUGCGUAUCGUCACGAGAAGCCCUGGGAAGUCUCUGAGCAAUCUGACAACGUUACGAACACCAAAUAAACAGCUAUAAAAGUGCAAACACAAUUGUUUUUCUUUUAGAAUAAACGUUGAUUCUUUUUUAUGCUAAUUACAA